GAAACCACACGGCACGGCCCAGCCUACGUUUCUUCCCCACUUUAACCUCUCCGCGCGCCGCCGCCGCACUACCACGCACGCCGCCGCCGCCAGCACGCGCCAAUCCCGCCCGCCGCCCGCCGCUUCCCUCGCGGUCGUGUCUCCACUCAUACUUCACGCGCAGCGGCCAGAUCCCCUCUUGCCCCUUCCCGUCCUACGCCGCUCGCGAGCCACCAUCCACCAGAGAUGCCGCCCCUGACGCCGCCGCCGCCGCGCCUCGCGCUGCACGCCGUUUCCUGCAUGCGGAACGCGCAGACGGUGCUGCGGGACAUCAACGUCAGCAUCCACGACGGCACGGCGCUCGUGCUCACGGGCGCCAACGGCUCGGGCAAGACCACCUUCCUGCGGAUGCUGGCGGGCUUCUCGCGCCCCUCCGCGGGCGAGAUCCUCUGGAACGGCCACGACGUCACCUCCCCGGGCGUCUUCCAGCAGUACAAGCUGCAGCUCAACUGGAUGUCGCUCAGGGACGCCGUCAAGGACAAGCUCACCGUGCUCGACAACGUGCAGUGGUUCGAGCUGCUCGAGGGCAAGCACGGCAGGGCCGCGCCCGCCGUCGAGCUCAUGGGGCUCGGCAGGCUCGCCAACGACAAGGCCAGGAUGCUCUCCAUGGGCCAGAGGAAGCGGCUGCAGCUCGCCAGGCUGCUCGCGGUCGACCGACCCAUCUGGCUCCUCGACGAGCCCUCCGUCGCGCUCGACUCCGAGGGCGUCAGGCUGCUCGAGUACAUCAUUGCCGAGCACCGCAAGAAGGGCGGGAUCGUCAUCGUCGCCACCCAUUUGCCCAUUCAGAUCGAGGAUUCAAUGUCGCUCAGGCUCCCGCAGAGGUUCCCCCGGAGGAAAACAUUGGUUGAUCUUGUGCGUUAAAAAUGUACUUGUUGUAUCUUUUUAGUAAUUGUUCUUCUCCACUCAUGCAACUUAGUUCUGAUGGUGCAAUUUUUGUGACACUUUUUUUUCUGGGAAAAUAAGAACAUAGUAUUCGACAUGUCAAUAUAUAUGCUGCUGCCCUCUUUGCUCACAUACUUACUGCAUUUUGGAGAUUUAUGCUGAUUGUUUGACUUUUAUGCGUUUUAUCCCUUCAUGCAAUUGCCAUCUAUCUGGUGGUAGAAUCUUCUGUUCCAUAUUGAGUUUCCAGCAGAUUUAAUCAUGACAUGCGUCGUAUUGACCUGAAGCUUGAAUUGGGCGGAGAGCUGAUCAAAUUUGAAUCUCUUACAAGGCUGUAACAAGGGAUCACUGAAUGGUGCGCUGAUAAGUCCCAGGGACCAUUGGAGAGGUACUCUGACCCCAUUCUGCAAGUAGCUGGCCCACUAUUCAAGACAAGGUGUUAAGCCACUUCUCAGGCCAGCACUGAGCCACCAAUACUACAUAAAUGCACUCUGGUCUUUUGCUGUAUUUUGUUUGGUUGUUAGUUACUUUCUCUCUAGUUCCCCAUCUACAGGAUUUCAAGCGUGGAUCCUGUUUACAAGGGAUCAGGAUUGGAGAUUGAUUUUUAUAGUGCAAAUGCUCAGGUCUAGGCCAGAUCCUUGACAGCUUGAUUUUUUUUUGUAAAUGAAAUGACAUUUCUGUGCCUGGAAUUCAUUAUAAUCUGAACCUUCUGGUUCUAUACAGUUGAGGUGAAAGGAUUCUGUCACCAUCGUCUGACUGAAGAUUAUAUUGUUCAUGCCUUGUUACUGCCGUGUUUGAAGGAACAAGUGUUAAGAUGACUGUUAAAAUUGCCAAGGCUAAACGGAGUAUUUUACGAUGCCUUAUAGUGCUUUUGAUAGAUGACGAGUAAGGCAGUAUUUGAUGUUUGUAUGAUUGAUAUGAAAAAGAGCAGAGCAUCUUGUAAGAGUGACAUAUUCUCUUUUGGAUUAUUAGUUUACUCUGUACUCACAGGUAUAUAUUAGUAGGAGGUAGAUUUGAAUUCUUUCCAUAAUGAUUUAUAUUUUUGGCAGGGCGUCAAUCUUAAUUGUGUUUGAUUUGUGAUGGGCAGAGAACUCCAACCUAUUUAUACGGAAAAAAGAAGCUUGAGGAUCCAAUGAUACACAAGUUUAAGUACCAGAUUGGUUUGUGGGAAUCAUUGCUUCAAAAGCAUGCUGUCAAACCUGAAGAUGCAAUAUCACUGAAAAUAUACAUGUUUGACUAUUCUUAUUACUGUUAAAUAUUACUUAUAAUAAGUACAUCACUGGCAAUCAUUUGUAUAGUAUAAUUUUUAUCGUGUUUAUAUAUGAUAUCUUUCUAAUUGUUCUUCUCCAGUUAUGCAAAUCUGGUCUAGGCGCUGUCAUUAUUAGAAUUUGCAUGAAAAGUGCAUACUUUCUUUUAAUUUUGUUUAAAACAGGAGCCUAAAUAUCCUUACAUAAAAAAAGAAGCCUGCGCAUAUGAAGAUGCUCUUUCUCAUAUCCACAAAUGAUCUUUGCUGUCAUUUUACCUGUGCACAAAUGCAUGACUGACUUUUUCAGAUCACACUAAUGUGCUGCGUGAGCGAGCAACAGCUGGUGUUUCAGUGAGGGACCUGUACGUACUGGAGCAUUCUGUAGCGGUACCCAAUAACUAGCAGAUACGUUCGUCCAAUCAGGUUAGCCUCUGGUAGUCCCCAGAUCAAUUAAUUCUGGUUUGUCUGUAGAAUGUGGCAAUUUUUACGCGUGGUAAAUGCAGCGUCCUUUUGAACAUUCGUGUGAGAAGUUGUUACAGUUAGGAAGUCCCAUCAAUCAUGUUGCUGAAGUCAGCUGUAAUGGCAUGAGAAGAAGGUUUCUUGACAGUACAUGGAGGAAGGGUGCUUAAAUGGGAGGCAGGGCCCUGCUGGGAAAAAUAAGGGGAAGGGGAAAGGGAUAGAGAGAUUUCAAAGAAGUCAUAGCAAAAGCCAGCAAUAACUUCCCAACACAUAACCAGACAAGUAGCUAAGUCAGGCGAUCGAUCAUGGCCUGGGUGAUAUGGGUCCAUCCAUACACGCACGCACGUAUGCCAUGCCGGGAGAAGGAUGCAAGGUGACAGCGAGUAGGACGAGCCAGCAGCCCAAGUUGCGACAUGUAAUCUGGCAGAGAAGUUUCGUGCGAGGCGAGUAGUAUGUUGAUCGGGCCAAAGCACACGAGGCUGUGAUAGAUACGAGUCCAGACAGUAGCGUCGAGUCCUGGCAGAUGGCGUACUCAGUCCUUCGUUUCUGCUCCCUCCAUGGAACGAUGCUGACGAGUUGCUCCAUGCAUGGCGCUUGACCGGCUCUGGGACUGAUGUGUGAUUGUGUGUGGGAAGACUUCCAUGAAAGUACAACAGACGGCAUGAAUGAGCUGAAAUAGUGUUGAAAAUUCUGAAUUGGGGAGCUGAGAACAGUUACAAGUGGCAUGUGUAUAUUUCUAAUUGUUGAUGCAUUUACGAGACAAUUUGACUUAUGGAUGCAUGUAUUUACCUAUAUUGAUGGAGAGCUAGAUGGAUUGACCUAUGUGGGUAGGCAUUGAUCAUGUGAGAUGGAUUGACUUCUUCCAAGGAAUUCAUUCAUUUAUUUAAAAAGGUCUACGGUUGACGUACA